AGGUAUGUAGAUUUUCGAAAACCAUACUUGUCGCCCUCCAUAUUCCCAGAGGGAAUUACUAGAGGACAGGGGCCCACCAACAAACAGCCUUUGCUGGUCUGUUCCACACGACCUUUCAUUUCUACAAGCUCUGCGUCUCAGGUGUUUUCUGGCCUCCGUUCUACUUUGUUUUCCAUGUCAGGAUAUCUCCGUCCGCGAAGAUCUUCCAGCGGAUGCUACCAAAGGAGACAUACUUGGCACGCCUAGCCGCUCGAGAAAAUCAGGGCUGAAGAAGGCAGGUAAAUGAACGAUGAUGAAUUUACCAAGAGACGUCCUGAGUAGGCAAUUGGGCGAAAGUAAUGGAGGACGGACCUGGGGAGAUACAGAGACGAGACGAUAAGCGAGUACAAAGAUUCAACCCACCAAAUAGGGAGAAAGCAUAGGUGGGAUGAGCGCAGGAAGGAGAUCGGGAAGCAGUGGAGGGCCACCCAACCGCCCGGUGAUAAAGUGUCCGGAAUGCCACAAAGAAGUCUUCGAGUGUCACUGGAGCAUGAAGGUGGACUGCCUCAAAUCGAAAGUAGGUAACUCAGUCCUCAUCAGCAGCGCCAACGCCCAAUCUAAACUGUCACAAAAAGAAAUGGAAACUCUCUCGGACGAGGCAAAUCUUUACGCAUAUAACCUAUACGUUGUAUGUACAUGUACAUGUACAGUACAUCGUGAAUAUAGGAGACUAAUAGAGCAUAUAAACGGGGCCAAGCAUUGAGACUCAACGACGAAUGAAAAGGCAAAUGAAUGAUCCAUUAAAGUCCAGUUUUACCGACUCCCUAAAGGUUCAACGCCCACGGAUAAUCAAUGAAGCCUCAUCCCUGAUGCUUCAAAAUCUGGAACGUCAACCAACAUCGGAUUCGCGUGAUGAAAUUUUUUGAAUCCAAAUGCCAUCCCCCAGAGCCCCAGAUGUUGCAUUCGUUUCAACUCGUAUUAACAGUCAUGGUCUUUCCGGGACAGCUUGCGGCUGAACCAAACAAAAUUGAAGCUUAAUUUU